GGUUUAAGCUUUGUUUAUCAAACCCUGAAUGUUUUUUUCUUAAUUUGAUUCUCUCAAUUGAGGUUGAUUCAUUUCUCCCUCUGCAAGAUAUUCUUCUUCCCCUAUUUCGUUGGUAAUCCCAAAGUCUUGAAGUAAAACUUGUUUGUUUCCUCAGGAAUGAGAAAGCCUUUUGAUCUUCUUCUCGCCACUAACACUUAUCCGUCGCCUCAUGGAAUCCAUGAAUGUUUGUUCCAAUGGCAAUUUUCUGGAGGCCACUGGGGAAGCCUCAGUAUUAACACAGAAAACCAAAGACAUGUAUGCUUCACAGCGUGCGCUUGAACUGAGAAAAUUUUAUGAUCCUUAUCAAGCUGAUAUAAAUCCACAUUCUUCUGAGGAUACUCUAAAUGGCCGACUCAAUUCUGAUGGAGCCCUCGACAGUUAUGCCGAGGUUGCUAUAUGGCGUUUAGGGGGCGUGCAUUCUAUGAUCAGUAUCAUUGAUGGCUCUACGCAAUACUUCAUUGCAGGAGCACGACGGGAUAAAUCUCUACCCGAGGAGGAUAUCGUCAAUGAUUCAUGGUUUGGCUGUUUUCAAGUGCCAACACCAGGUGGACUUUGCGAGAACACCUUGGCCAUCAAUGAUGACGAAAAUGAUCCUUACCCUUGUUUCGUUAUCGAUGAUUUGAAGGAAGACCCAAGAUUUGCCAGUUUAUCCAUAGUUGAUGGUUCUUUAGCUUCGUACGUUUGGUAUGCUGGGGCUCCAAUUACUACCAAAAAUGGUAUUAACAUUGGUGUUUUAUGUGUCUUCGGUGAUCGCCCUAUCACCGGGUUAAAUUUGGAGAGAAGAAAAUUUUUAUAUAAUCAAGCGAACAACAUUAUGAAGUACAUGGAAACGCAACGAGAGGCUAUCGAAAGACAUCGAGUUACGCUCAUGUCGAAAGGAAUUGCUACCUUCAUAGAAAGGACUUCUCGUUACACUAACAUUGUCUCUGACAGCUCGUACUGCUCGGCCGAAUCAGUUUCAAAUACAACCAAUGGAUCCGAUACUCAAUUCGAUGAUGAUACCAGAAUAGACCUUUCUCAGAAUGGCCAUUCUAACGCAUCAAAUCAGCCACACCAAUCUUCCGAAUCUGUACUUGAUCAGAUACGAAUUACUUUAAAUCAUGCGGCCGAGAUUCUUCGGGAAUCGCUGGAACUUAACGUUGGAGGUGUUGUCUUCUUAGACACAACUAAUGGACACACCGAAGUGGGGAACAUGGAUGCUUACAUGGAUACAAGCACUGAUCUGGGCACAGAAGUGAAGGAGGCUGAAAUUAGGAGAUUAUCGCCCGUACAAGAUGAAGAAAGACCAAAGUAUGAAGAGUACCGAAGGAAAUUAUCUCAAGGCACAAUACGAACUUCCACGAAUGAGCAUAAAGUGGCAAAGGUCCUUUCUAUGUCAGCGGCAAAAGUUGCAACUUGGGACUCAAACGCUCAUGUCCUGGAUGGCAAAACCCUUCAGUCGCUAAUCAAUUCUUACCCUAAGGGAAAUGUCUGGUAUAUUGACGACAAUGGUUAUUUCUCGAGCCUGGAACAAAUUAACGAUCGGAAACGCGCGCCUUCAGCUGAUACUAGUCCUACUGAAAGGCCUAGAACAUCUGGCUCUUUCGAUGCAACGAAGCAAGAAGCGGAAGCAACUAUGCUUGGCAAGGUAUUUCAUAAGGCAAGGCAAAUCAUGUUCCUUCCUCUUUGGGAUUCUGCUGGCGAGAGAUGGUACUCGGGCCUAUUUGUAUGGAGUCAAUCAGCAGUUCCUGUUUUUACCGUAAAUAAUGAGAUAUCUUAUCUGUCUGCAUUUACAAACUCAGUCAUGAUGGAGAUUAGUCGAUUAGAUGCCCUGAUUUCUAACAAGAUGAAAUCUGAUUUUAUUAGUAGCAUUUCUCAUGAAUUUAGAAGUCCAUUACAUGGCAUCUUAGCUUCAGCAGACUUCUUACGAGAAUCAAAUCUUGAUAUUUCACAAACAGAGUUUGUCUCAACAAUUCAAAAUUGCAGCGGUACUCUCCUGGAUACAAUAAACCAUGUUCUCGACUACAGCAAGAUCAACUCUUUCGAGAAAAGAGAGGGUUCUUUACAAGGGUCUUUCUCGAGCGAGCUUCAUCAAGUAACCAACGUAGCUUUGCUAUGCGAAGAUACCAUUAAUGGUAUGAUUGCUGCUAACCAUUUUAGAAGUGUUGCUCCCAUGUACAACUUAGCACUUUCAAAUGGUUCACCAAAAAAGAGCAAUGGUCCCUCGUCAGAUGUAACGGCAGCACCAUUGCAAAUAAUUUUAGAUUUCGAAAUGCGGGAUUGGACUUAUAAAGUUCACGCUGGUGCAAUUCAACGUAUUUUGAUGAACAUAUUUGGCAAUUCGCAAAAAUAUACAGAUGAUGGCUAUAUUAAAGUACAGUUGCAACUGAAACAAAAAACGGCCAGCAACGUUCCAAAUUCAAAUUCUUAUCACACCGGGGACUUCAUGUGUCUGCGUAUCACAGAUUCUGGCAAAGGAAUGUCAACUGAAUACAUGGAACGCAAACUUUACCACCCAUUUGCCCAAGAAAAUAGUUUUACACCUGGUGUUGGCUUGGGUCUUUCUAUUGUCUGGAGCAUCGUGAAACAGUUAGGUGGAACUAUACUCAUUCGCAGUGAGGUAGGGAUAGGAACCGAUGUUGAGGUUCUCAUCCCCGUGGAAAAAUCAGAGCCCCCUUCGCACGAUGAAACAAUGAGCGGGGAUACUGUCGAUACAACUGAUGUCAGAAUUGCUGCCGAAAAAGCAAUGAGAUCACUUCGUGAAAGAGCAACAGGAAAGGUAAUUUCUUUUGAUCGUGGCCAACUCACAUCCCCGCAAAAUAGUGCAUGGGAUUGUAUUCAAAAGUACUGCUCCGAGUGGUAUGGGUUUGAUGUCCAAAAAUCUAAUGGAAAUUCAAAGAGUGAAGAUCUCCUUCUCAUUAAUGAGACAUGUGAAUUUCCAGAAUGUUCUCCUUGCCAGAGAAUAUUAGUAAUCCAUGCCGCAAUGAGCUACCCAAGUAUCAACAGGCCAGAUGAUCAGCAUUUUGUCGCCAAUAUUUCCCAGCCAAUAGGACCCUACAGACUUGCCCGAUCGAUUCUCGCUCUGUUGGAUCAAACUGUCUGCGAAUCACGAAAUAAGCAUGCUACUACACAGACUCCUCUUGGAUCACCAGAGGAGCGACUCCGCAAUGAAACAGGAGAAUAUAGCUUUUUACCAGUGCAAGAGCCGGAGCCCAACACAACAAAUGAAAUGACACUUACUUUAGCGAAUCAAAAAGUCCGCAAGGAAUUCGCUGAAUCUCUUCAAAAUUUGGAACACCUUCAACUCCAAGCACCUGUUGCUACUCCUCAGGAAUCAAUACCCAAACCUCGGAUUCCCGCACGCAAGUCUUCGAAAUGUCCUUCACCUGCGCCUUCUCAAGUCGCCCCAGUCGCCCCAGAAAAGACGCCCCUCCAUAUUCUUGCCGUCGACGACAACGCGCUUAAUCUCCAACUGAUACAUCGUUAUCUCCAAAAACGCAAAACAGACACAAUAGUGAGUGCAGCUGAUGGUUUGGAAGCAGUAGCAGCCGUAAAGGCGUCAAAAAAUGGAUUUGAUGUGAUUUUCAUGGAUAUUUCGAUGCCAAAAAUGGAUGGAUUCGAGGCUACUCGACAUAUCAGAGAUUGGGAGAGCGAAUUAUGUGUAGGGUUGGAUGGUCUAAUUGGUUGGGGGCACGGCAGAGAGAAAGAGAAGGAAAUGGAGGCGGAAGGAAAGACAGAUGGUGAACUAUCAAGGGGCAAGGCUUACGUAGUUGCUAUGACGGGUCUGGGGAGUCAAAAAGCGAGGGACGAGGCGGAUAGGAGUGGGUUUGAUGAUUUUAUGACUAAACCGGUUAAAUUACCAAAAGUUGGAGAGUUGUUGAAGAGAUUGAGUCGUGAGAAGGCUGCUCGCUUGGAAGCUAGUAAGCAUAAUACAGAUGGGAACUUUUGAAUGGAAAUGGAUGGGCGGUUAGGCGAGCUUGACUGGCUGGGUGGAGUUAGGUUAUGGGGAGUUGAAAUGAAAUACAUGAAAUAAAAUACACGAAUAGUUGGGUCGGCAUGGGAGGGGAAAUGGAAUGAAUUGUAUAAUAGUCAAUGAUACCUAAUAGCAAAAAGAGACGAUAAUGUGAAUAACUUUUAUACAGUUCAGUCAUUAAUUUUAUGCCACAUUCAUCCAUUUAGCGAUGUCAUUAAAUGGUUAGGAGAGCAUACACAAUGAAAACUUUCCCA